AUGGCGGCGACCGUAGCGGCUGCAGCAGCGGCGGCGGCGAAUGCUUCAAUAUAUGCUGCUUCAACUCAAACUCUUUAUACUGCUCAUUCUGCUUCUAGUAGUAGUAAUGCUAGUCCCUUUGUCUCAAACACAUAUGCUACCAAUUUCAUGGGUGCUCCCUUGCAGAGAUAUCGCCCGAAGAAUAGGAAGUCAGUUAAGAAUGCAGGAAAAGUAAGUGCUGUUGCUGCUGUUGCAACAACUCCUGUUGAAGAAAUCAAAGAUUUUUUGCUUCCUACAUGGGCGGAAUUUGAACUUGGUUGGGCUCCAGUUUAUUGGAAAACUAUGAACGGCCUUCCUCCUACUUCGGGAGAGAGGCUGAAACUUUUUUACAAUCCAGCUGCAAGAAAACUUGUUCCUAAUGAAGAGUUUGGGAUUGGUUUUAAUGGAGGUUUUAAUCAGCCAAUAAUGUGUGGUGGUGAGCCAAGGGCAAUGCUUCAAAAAAAUCGAGGCAAAGCAGAUCCUCCUAUAUAUACGAUUCAGAUAUGUAUCCCUAAGCACGCUAUGAAUUUGAUCUUCUCAUUCACAAAUGGGACCGAGUGGGAUGGUCCCUAUAGACUACAGUUUCAAGUCCCAAAAGGUUGGCGAAACAAACCAAUUGACUUCUUUAAUCAGGGUCUUGCCGAAGAGUUGGGUAAAGAGGGUGCAUGUGAGAAAGCAAUCUUCCCAGACACAAAUAUUGUCAUCACAAGAUGCGCUAUGAUUGGUAACUUGACAGUUGAAGGAGGUGACCGUUGCAAUCUUGAUCUUGUACCCGGAUGCACUGAUCCAAGCUCGCCUUUCUUCGACCCACUAGCCAAUGUGGAUGAUGGAUCCUGUCCACUUGAUGCCGAUUCUGAGGAUUAG